CCCGUGGCAAUGAUGAUUCCUGCCCGGCCCAUCGGCCCGAUGAACGGACCUAGUCAGUGAUGUUAUCAUUGGAAAGCCACAAGAAAGCCUAAUAACCGAGUGAGAACGGUUGGCUAGGAGUUAGUGUUUGGCCAUAGCAGCUGAUUGGGUAACUACCGUAACUACCCCUGGCCCAGCCCGUGGCAAGCAGCGCCUCUACCAUCAGAAACCACAGCCCAAGCCCGUGUGUUGUCAGCUGUCACCCCUCGGCUGGUCAAACUGUUAGGCCUGACUGGCCGUCAUGCCGUACAGGCAGCACAGGCUGACUGACGGCUGUAUGUAUGGUGUUAGUCUCUGAUUCUCAUCUCACGAAUCUCAUUCAGUGGGUGGGUUGAGAAAAUCGUUGGAACGCUAGCCUUGCCCUAGUCCCACCUAGGUAGUGCUCCGGUCCUGGCCUGAGGGGUUCUAGAUUGGGGUCCCGAGACCGGUUAGCCCCGUUUGUGGCCUCUUCGUUGUGGCGUCCUUUGGGCAAAGGAGUUAGGAGGAUGUGGCCCGUCCUGGCCCCUCGUCGUGGGUUGUGAGCGGGCUCUCUGACUCACGCUGGUCCGAGUCAUGGGGCGUCCGCAGGCGGCGUGGUGCACAGCCUGGGUGCUCAGCCUGGGCCUGAGCGUGUGGGCCGCGUCGGAUUCGGCGGGUGUGGUGUUGCAAUCGCCGCAAUGCGAGCUCAUCACCAUGGACCAAUGCCAACACGCCCUCUGGACCAAUACCACCUUCCCCAACCUGAUGGGUCACCUGGACCAGGAGACGGCGGGUCAGCAAUUGCGGCAGUACGCGCCGCUCAUCAGCAUCAAAUGCUCGCCGGACGUGUUGACCUUCUUGUGCUCGAUGUACGCCCCCGUGUGCACCAUCAUGCAGGUCCCGCCCUGUCGCGAGUUGUGUCUGUCGGUGAAGGCCGGCUGCGAGAAGAUCAUGAACCAAUUCAACUACGACUGGCCCGACGCCUUUGCCUGCCACCAUUUCCCGCCGGACGGCACUGAGGGACAGCCUUGUAUGAACAAGCCGCUUUUGAACCAGGCCCAACAGCCGCUCUACGAGAGCUCAUGGGCUCAACUGCCCAACUACGGUCACUCGCCGCAGAUAACGGCUCGACCGGCCGUGGGACCCGGUCGUGGCGGGGCGCUCGCCAACUUCACCUGUCCCGUCCAGCUUCAGAUGCCGCGAGAGUUCGAGUACCGCCUUCACAUCGGGUCCGAUCAGGUCAUCGCGGAUUGCGGAGCCCCGUGCUACCAUAACGUGACCUUUUUCAAUCGCGAUCAGAUCCAAUUCGCGCAAUCUUGGAUCGGCUCGUGGAGUGUGGUGUGUCUCAUUUCGUGCCUGGUCACGCUGCUCACCUACAUCAUCGAUCGGGGGCGUUUCCCCUACCCGGAGCGGCCCAUAAUCUACCUGGCCUUGUGCUACGGAUGCAUGGCUGUCAUCUAUUUGAUCGGAUUUGGACACGGCGAUAGCAUCGCGUGUAAUCCGGCCGUGCCCAAUCGCACCAUGAACUUCUUGGCCGAGAAGACCAUCAAACAAGGCACCUUGCACGAUUGGCGUUGUACGUUGAGCGCCAUGGGCCUAUACUUUUUCUUCAUUGCCGGAUCCUUGUGGUGGGUGAUCUUGACCAUCACGUGGUUCUUGUCCGCCGCCUUGAAGUGGGGCCAAGAGGCCAUCGAUGUGAAAAGUCAGUUCUUUCACACCGUGGCGUGGACUAUCCCCUCCAUUCUCACCAGUGCCAUGUUGAUCACCAAAAACGUUGAAGGUGAUGUGUUGUCCGGAGUGUGCUUUGUUGGGCUAUGGUCGCCCAGUAGUCUCCUGUACUUUCUCCUGGUGCCGUUGAUGAGUUGCCUCAUCUUGGGCUCGCUGUUCUUGGUGUUCGGCUACUUUUCACUCAUUCGCAUCCGAACUAUCAUGAAGCAAGAUGGCACCAAAACGGACAAGUUGGAGAGACUAAUGAUUAGAAUCGGUAUUUUCUCCAUCUUGUACACGUUGCCCGCAUUGACCAUCAUCAUUUGCUACUUAUACGAGCACAAACAUAUGUCGGAUUGGACUCAAAAAUGGCAAGAGACCAUUUGUCGCGAUCCAUUCUUCCAAGACAAGUGGCAAACUCCGUGCAGGUUUCCCGACAACCGUGUGCCCAACACUCCGGAUCCCAAGUUCAACGUCUUUCUCAUCAAGUAUUUUAGCAUUGCCAUGAUCGGCAUCAUUUCGGGCUUCUGGGUGUGGUGUGGCAAGACCUUGACCACUUGGAAGUCAUUCUUCCAGCGAUUGAGUGGCCAUCAAAAUAAGAAUGGCAACAGCGCUUACGUUUGAUCUCGCUACUUCAAAAGACUGCAGUCUAACACCUUUUCGGCUAUUAAGCCGCUGGCCUCGCUUCUGAGCGCAUUAACGAAGAGAAGAGAGGUAGAGAGAAAGAGGCGGCUGACUACCCGUGUUUACAUUUUCCCCAUAAAGCUUUCUAAGCAGAGCUUUGGAAAAGAGGAAAAAAGAACCAAAAGAAACGUAUUCAGAGUAGAUUAAAUAUGAAGGCGAGUGCCAAAUCCAGCCUCCAUGGAGAAUGCAAGAGCAGAAAAGCAAAGUAGCCAAACUUCUCUCAAUUUCGCAUCCGAUGAUGAACAAUUUUAUGACGUGCAUUGCCUUUUUCUCUCGAAACUCCUUCCCAGGAAGAUAUAUUUCUCAUGUUACCAAUGUUUAUAUGUGUGUGUGUGUACGUACUCGUCAUUCAUGUCAAUCUGUCAUAUCGCUCCAUUAAGAAUAUUGGUCUCAAUACAUUAUUAACGUGAA